AUGAAAUUUGAACACACUAUCGCUGCUGCUGCUUUGGUUUCCACGGCUUCUGCUACCUUCAACCUUGGAGGAGUUCUUGUCCAUGGCCACGGUCACAAGGACUUGUUUAAGUGCAAAACUUAUUUCAAGAAAUGGUGUCCUCAGACCACCAGAGUCACUAGUAAACACUGUGACAAGUGGGGCUGUCACACCAAGACUCACGACACUGGUUACACUAUUUGUCCAACCACGUCGGAUGGUGUCGUUACUACCACUACGGUGUACUGUCCUUUGACUACUACUGUCACUGUUGUUGAGUCAACUGAUGACCAAGGUUCGGUUACUACGUCCACUUGUUGGUGGUGGGAAGGUGGACACACUACCGAUGUUGAGACCACCAAAAAUACUCCACCACCUACCACUCAACCUGGUCCUGGAACCACGGAAGAGGUCCCACCUCCAGCAGAAACCACCGACUGCACUACUGAAGACGUUCCUCCUCCUGCUGAAACCACUGAAGAUGUUCCUCCUCCUGCUGAAACCACUGAGGAUGUUCCUCCUCCUGCUGAAACCACUGAAGAAGUACCACCUCCAGCAGAAACUACCGACUGCACUACUGAAGACGUUCCUCCUCCUGCUGCAACCACUGAUUGUGAAACCAAGCCAACCAAGCCAACCAAGCCAUCCAAGCCAUCAACUACCAAGUGUAAGACCACUCCACACUACCCACCAACUCUCCUUCCUUGCACUACCAAGAAGUGGUGGGGAUGGUAA